AAAUUGCGCACCGUUUUUCGCGGCAAGACUGGGAACCAAAGAGACGUUUUGCCAACAUGGCGGUGACAAUGUAUGCAUUUCUUGAAGCAAUUUUACUUCUUGUUAACGCCAUUGCUGUCCUCAAUGAAGAAAGAUUUUUAGCCAAAAGUAAGUCAUAUUGUUCUACAAUAAGGAAAUUAUUUUAUUACAUUACAUUUGUACGUAAUACUGUACAUAAUUAAUCGAUCGAUGAUGGGGAAUUUCCGAAUUUGGGGUAAUAAAUAAUAGGUCAUUGUCUUCGCCUACUUAUUCUAUUACGGAGAUUUGAUGUAAUUGCAUACACGUAAACUACAAGUGGAAGGCUGGUUGGGAAUGGGUUGUUCUAAUUAGUAUCCAUACACCUCCUAUCGACGAGCUUGGGAUUCUUCAGGGCUAUAAAGCAAAUUUCACUAAUGUGUUUCUAAAUCCCAUUUGGAAAGUUUGGAAAUUGCACAUCCGAUAUUUCGAAAAUUUAAUGGUAAGAUAUAGAUCAAAGUUGUUCGAAUCAAAAUUGUGUACCCAAUAUCUCCACAGUUCAAUACCAGAAUUUUUUGGGCAUUUCUCCCAAUUGAACUAUUAAUUUUCCGAUCAGAGUUCGCCUCAUUGAUUUUCAUCUUCAUAUUUGGCAGAAAUGGGCUGCAGAAUUAAAAAUCAUGAUGCUCAAAUUAGUCUGUACCAUGUUCGGACAUCAGGGCACAAGUUGUGGUGUUUCGAAAAAAGUUUAACUGUAGUGGAAAUUCCAUACAAAUAAUAUACAGUAAAAACGAAAUUUUCACAGCGCUGUACCUCAUGCCCUGAAUGGGCAAACUUCAAGCAUGGAAUUUUCGGUAUAAGGACUAAUUUGAAAAGAUUUCAAUUCUGAGUUCCAUUUUUGUCAAAGAUCUAUAGAUAGAGAGACGAAAAAUUGAUUACAUCAACUCGGAUUGGAGAAUUUUGAAGGAUUUUGCAGGUGGAAAUUUUGAGUAUGAAAUUUUAUAUAUUUAUAAAUGUAUAAAAUUCAUACUCAGAAUUUCCAUCUACAGAGAAUCCUCCAGAAAUUAGUUCAAGUGAGAUGCCAAAGAUACCAGAAUAGGCUCUGCUUCAACCCUAUAUAUUGGUUAGUGAUUAAAUAUUGCGAUUAAAUAAUUCUUAUAGUUGGUUGGGGCCGAGACCAGAUCAAUCAACCACAAGGUUUUGGACAGGAAGAGAAAGGAGUAAAACAACAAAUUGCCAAUCUAAUUCAUGCUGUUAGGACAGUUAUGAGAGGUACGGUGCAAAACUGAAUUUAUUCUCAUCAGGUUGGAACAUAAUUUUUUCUUUGAAAUAAAACGAUGAAAAUUCUUUUUGCUUUAGUUCCACUGAUAUUCCUAAAUGGUUUGGCAAUUGUUAUGGAAUUGUUAAUGGGUUAGGAAAUGUUUUUGUGUGUACGUGAAAUGGUGAAGUAUCUAUUCUUUCUGACUGUAAGAACUUUUGGAAAUUGUACAGUUAGGAUAAAUAUUAUAUUUAUAGUAUUUUAAAAAAUAAAAUUUAUUGAAAAGUGUAGAUACUGACAAUCUUGAAAUACUUAUUAUCAA